ACUCCCCGUCCCGAUAACUCGCUGUCCGCGCUUGCUCUUGUUGAACUUGAACUUCUCUCAGUAAACUCUACCCUCUCCCUAAAUAAAUCUAGUUGUACAAGUGGCAUACCAGCGCUCACACGCAAUUAUGGAUUGAAAUCCGUGUCUUAGAGCUCCGUAUCGACCCCGGGCACUAUAUCCGCCACAGCCCAUCCACGUCUUGACCCUUCUUCGCCUGAAUCCCUUCUUCUCAACCCGUUUAUCUGUCAUCUCCAAUGCUAUCCUUUCUUCCACGAAGGCACAAAGUACAACUUGCAGUAACCUGCCACAAAGAAAUCAUGGUGGGCCCUCGCAUGCUAUCUGUGUCCUAAACCCGCCACCGGUUGGUUUACUUGAGAGUCCCCUUCCCUCUCUAACUCUUCUCCAACCGAGCGGAUGGCGUGCAGACUGGUGGAUUCUACCUUUCAUCUUCCGGCUCCGCCUAAAAUGGCGAUUUCGAGUGGGAGGUUAAACGCCUGUCAAGUUCAUCAGAGAGUGAGACAUCAGAGUAUACAUUUUUCCAGCAAGAAACUGAGUAAAGUUGUACGGGCUUCUGUUAUCCCAAUUUCACCUUCUUUGCAAGUGAAUGAUAUUAUAAGAAGUGAUAUGUGUAAAACUUACGGCUUUAUUAAAAUUGGAGAAGCAGUUCCUGAUAAUAUUACGCUCAAAGACAUCAUUACAACCCUCCCGAAAAAGGUAUUUGAGAUUGAUGAUGUUAAAGCUUGGAGAUCUGUUUUGGUGUCUUUUGUUUCUUAUGCUUUGGGAAUUUGGAUGAUUACAAAAGCUCCAUGGUACUUGCUCCCGCUUGCAUGGGCAUGGACCGGAACUGCUGUUACGGGGUUCUUUGUGGUAGGCCAUGAUUGUGCGCAUAGGUCCUUCUCAAGGAAUAAAUUGGUGGAAGACAUAGUUGGAACUUUGGCUUUUUUGCCUCUUAUUUAUCCAUAUGAACCGUGGCGCUUCAAACAUGACAAGCAUCAUGCCAAAACAAACAUGUUAUUAGAGGAUACUGCCUGGCAUCCCAUUUUAAAAGAGGAAAUUGAUGCAUCCCCAUCUCUGAGGAAGGCAAUAAUCUUCGGUUAUGGUCCUCUUCGACCUUGGAUGUCAAUAGCUCAUUGGUUGAUGUGGCACUUUGAUUUAAGAAAGUUCAAACCAAAUGAAGUUGGACGUGUUAAGAUAAGCUUGGCAUGUGUCUUUGCUUUCAUUAUGAUUGGGUGGCCGCUGAUUAUUUAUAAGGCUGGUAUUGUGGGAUGGAUCAAGUUAUGGUUCAUGCCAUGGCUAGUAUAUCACUUUUGGAUGAGUACUUUCACUAUGGUUCAUCACACUGCUCCUCACAUACCUUUCAAGGCUUCAGAUGAAUGGAAUGCUGCUCAAGCCCAGCUUAAUGGAACAGUCCAUUGUAACUACCCUCGAUGGUGUGUCUUUCAGACUUCAUCUUUCUCAUCCUUUCUCAAGAUAGAGAUUCUAUGCCAUGAUAUCAAUGUGCAUAUUCCCCAUCACAUUUCUCCAAGGAUUCCAUCCUACAACCUUCGGGAGGCACAUCGUUCACUCCAAGAGAACUGGGGCAAGUAUCUGAAUGAAGCCAAUUGGAACUGGCGUUUGAUGAAAACGAUAAUGACCACUUGUCAUGUAUACAACAAGGAAAGGUUCUAUUUUCCCUUCGACAAGAUUGCUCCAGAAGAGGCACAGCCAAUUACAUUCCUCAGAAAGUUCAUGCCAGAUUAUGCAUAGACUGUUUCAUUCUUUGAUGCCAGCAUGCAAUGAGCAACGUAAAUGAUCAUGCUAUAGUGUAACUUCACAUUAACUUCACCUAAUUGUAUGGCUUGAGAAUGUCUAUGAUGGAAGGGCUGUGCAGCCGAGGAACUGACAAUGGAUGUGAAAAAUCUCACACGAGAGGAGAGCGGCUAAGGGAGAGAAUGAUUUUCUUCUUUGGGAUUGAUUUUAGGCUUCGAAAAUUUUUAAUGAUAUCGCUAGGAUGAGAAGUUAAGGAUGCUGGGAAGAGAUUGAGCCGAUGACUUCGGAAGCAGGCAACAUAUGUCAGUGCAGGAGAUGUUGGCUCACGCAGGCAACAUAGAAGUCUGGUAUUUUUUAGAGUGGCGGAUCCCUAUCAUUUUUUUAGAGUGGGCAUAUGACCGGUGAGAAUUUCAGUGCCAAAUAAAGUCUUGUAAUUCAUUAUCUUUUAUGAAAAAUUUGUGUUCUACUU